GUGGACCACCCUGCAGGGCAGCAGUCCGCAUCAGCUGCUGCGGAACCUGACGUGGACGUGAACCAGCUUCAACGCGCCGCGCGCAACGUCGUCACGUCCAACAUGGCGGCGUGUGCGUGGCUGUGAGCAGCUGGAGCCUGGAGACACACGAUACGACACUGACGUCUUCACGUGACUGGACGCUGCGCUCACGUCCAGAACCAACAGAUCCAUCAUCACAUCACCAGGACACGCGAGCUGCUCUGUACGAACCCACCGGAUCAUUAGUUUGAGCCCUGGAACCUUAGAGCCUCUGUGUGUUUGCCUCCAUCAGACAGAUCCUGUACUGACCAACCACACACUGAGUGUAGAGGUCCAAUAAACCCUAACACGGUCCAACAAACGUGGUAACGGCUGUAACAGAAGCAUAUGCAUCAAUCUUAAUAAGCCAUGGUUUCAUGUGGCGGAGGGAACAGAACCUGUGUGUGAUGUGUCCGAAUGGGUUCCAGUGUUUAUUUGCUGCAUGGGUUUAGUCACUGCAGAACCUCUGCUUGUGUUCUGAUCAGUCUGUUGUACGUGACGCUUUCAGAGCUGAACAGAAGAACUGCUUCAGGGGGUGAAAUGAGUUGUUCAGAAGACGUCAAGCCUGAUGAAAGAGAGCUUCAUCCAGCAGACGCAGACAGGAGCAAACCUCAUCAGUGUCUGAAGUGUGCAAAAUGUUUCAGUCGGAUAUGUGGUCUGAGAAGACACGAACGUACUCACACUGCGGAUGAAAACUACCACUGCGAACAAUGUGGCAGCAGUUUCACAGAACUGAGUGACUACAAGCUCCACCUGUACACACACCCAGAGGAAACGCCAUACUGCUGUGACCAGUGUGGCUUGGACUUCAGUGACCAGAGUUCAUACAGGAAGCAUCUGCGUGACCACAGUGGACCGUACCAGUGUGACCAAUGUGAGAAGAGCUUCAGUUACUUCAGUAUUUACAAGAUUCACAUGCGUGUCCACACCAAAGAGAAGCCGUAUUGCUGUGACCAGUGUCCAAAGAGCUUCAGCUUUUUAAGCUCAUACAAACGGCACCUGCUCAGCCACAGUGGAGAGAAGCCUUACCAAUGUGACUUCUGUGGAAAGAGUUUCACUCAGUCUGGCCACUUCAGUCUGCAUCUGCGGAACCACACCGGAACAAAACCGUACGAGUGCAACCACUGUGAAAAGAGCUUCAGUGACUUAAGUAGUUACAAGAUCCACAUGCGCGUCCACACAGGGGAAAAACCGUACUGCUGUGAUCAGUGCGGGAGAAGUUUCUCUCAACUCGGUAAUUACAAGUCACAUUUGCGCAUCCAUACAGGUGAAAAACCAUUUCAGUGCGAACUCUGUGAGAGAAGUUUUUCUAUUUCAAAGACAUACAAACAACACGUGCGCACCCACACAGGAGAGAAACCUUAUCAGUGUAAGGAAUGUGGGAAAGGUUUUGGUCGGCUGAGCAACUACAUGCGUCACCUUCGAAUCCACACUGGUGAGCAACCGUUCAGUUGUGACCAGUGUGGGAAAUGUUUUAAUAGCUCCUACAGUUACAGCCGCCACCUGCGUGUCCACACGGGGGAGAAACCAUACUGGUGCUCACGCUGUAAGAGGCUGUUCACACGUUCACAGUCCUUGAAGAAACACCGUUGUGUAGAAGUAGAAGAGAGUUUGACUGUGUUUGAUGAAGAAGCUCACGUAAGCUGCACCAUAAAAGAAGAAACGGUUGAGCAGGAUACAGCAGAUUCUGGAUACACGCUCAGUGAUCAGUAGUAGUGUGAAACACUGGCCUUACAGGACAGGAAGGAAAGUACAGAAUAUGUCCACAGACAUAAAUAAAACAGUUCUUGAAAUGAAGGCUGCACAGAUGUUUUUAGAUCAGUGUUGUGUCAAUCCAUAUGUUAGUAAAUUGAACCGGCCUAAUGGUCUAACUAAGAACUAACAAUGCUGACUUUUAUAAUCUGUUAUGUUAAAAUAGCUGUGAAUGAAAUAUAAAUAAUAGGUUAUGUAACGUGCAGCCAAUAACCAUCAAAUGAAUCAUGAAAUGGAACUAAGUGCAUUUUAAAGGUCCAUACUUAAUAAAGGCACCUUUGCCUUAUCAUGUACAUGAUACUAGAAGAAAGACAGGGUCCAGUACUGCUGCCUGUGUUUGACCUGGCUCUGACAACAGGGAUUGUAUGGUUCAUGUAGGACUCUGAGUGACUCAGAGUGAGCUGGCUUCUGGUGUGUACAGGCUGAGAUUGAGUCCAGUCAACGUAGACAAAUAAGUAAAAACUACGACGCAGUGGCUCUUUAAGUCUCCUGAAAUGUUUCAAAAAUGACCACAGUCCCCUUUAAAUGUAAUGACAAAUCAAUCUUUGUUUGUGCUGGUCACAGAUGUUUGGGUCUCAAUGAAAUUAAUGUAUUUUGCAUUAAGUGACUUAAAUGUAUUUUACCAAAAAUACUGGAACACAUCACAGCUGAUUUAUUUAUUGAGGAUUAACCCACGUGAAGACCACAGAGAUGUCUGUAGGUGAAACAGACUUGGCGUAGACAAAGCAAUAGUGUGGACUGUCCUAAAAGAAUAAAGACAGUUGCACCAUGAAACCUUGACCAGCUGAAGGACAGGCCGUGUAGAAAGAGAGAAACGCACCAGAAGAAAUGGUCCAAAACACACUCACCAGACCGGAACCCAGCAGAAUAUGUGACCAGUGCUCCAUGUGGACAAUCUCACUCUAAAGAAACCCACAUUUUGGUGAUGCAGUGAUUGCUCAUAAGGAACUUGCAACCAAAAAUAUUGUUAAAAAUUGGAGGAUGAGCCUUCAUUAGCUGGUGGUGGAGAGCUUGGAGAGUUUAGCCCAAGCCCUGAACUGGACAUGUAAGUAAGCCACUGCAUGCGUGACCUGUAAAUCCUGUACGAACUGGGACUAGUGCUAAUGAUAAAUGUAAGGCAGAACAUGAGAGGUGAUGGAUCAGCAUCUGGGAGCUCAGCUGUGUGGCUUAGCAGAGCCCAUCAGCUCCCUCUGUUACAAGCUGUGGCAGUUACAUCAGAACGGCUGUACGAGUUGUAUAGUGUCUAGUAUUAGUGUGUAAUAUUGUACUGGUUAUAAUCAUAAACAAAUGUGAUACAAAACUGAAUAAAGUUUUAAAACAAA